AGGGAGGAGGCCCUUUUGGAGGCCGGAACCUUCCAGCCGCUUGUCCCGUUUCCCGCCGGAGCAGCGCGGCGCGGGGCGCUAUGGCAGCGGGGCUGUGGGGCUGGGUGCCCGCCGUGGCGGUGUUGGUGCUGCUCGUGCUGCUGCUCGGUGGCGCACGCCGCCUGCGGCGCCUUACCGCGGCCGGCGGGGUUUGCGCCGAGCUGAGGGGAAGGGCGGGUGGCGUCCGAGCGCUGCUAGUGACGGCGCACCCUGAUGACGAAGCGAUGUUCUUCGCCCCUACGGUGCUCGGCUUGGGCAGAGCCGGUGCCCGCGCCGCGGUGCUGUGCUGCUCCGCAGGAAAUUACUACAAUCAAGGAGAGAUUCGUAAGAAAGAACUAGAACAGAGUUGUUUUCUUCUGGGGAUUCCUGCUUCUGAUGUAACAGUCAUUGAUCACAGGGAUCUUCCGGAUAAUCCCACUGUGGAAUGGGACACACAGCUCCUUGCUACCUUUGUGCUAAAGCAUAUAGAAGCCAAUAACAUCAACCUGGUGGUAACCUUUGAUGCGGGAGGAGUGAGUGGUCAUGCAAACCACAUUUCUCUUUACACUGCUUUAAGAGAGAUCUCCUCCAGAGCUGCUCCUGCCUUUCCCAGGCAUGAGAAGAACUCUUUGCAAGUAUAUCUUGUAUUUUUAGCACCCAUUUGUUUUCUGAAUCAUCUGUGCAAUUCCAAUAACUCUCUGGCUUUCCUUGCUAACAACAUCACAGUGAUUUGCCUUUCCUACUUGCCUAGAGAAAGCUGCAGUGCUACAGAACCUGUACUCUGACCUACUGAGCUGCUCCGGGAAGAUGCUGAAAGUCUUUGAUGCUAUCUGAUGGCUGGAAUUCAGUGUUAGAGGGGAUCAUGGCUUUUCCCAGCAACUUCUGAAAUAGCCUCACAGAAGGCAAAGGGGUGGAGUUCAAGGAAACAGUGUUUGUUUGGGCUAAGCAGGGAGAUGCUUUCCGGCACAGUGUUAUUUGGGGAGUGAGGAACAGAGGUUGAUGACCGAUGCUCACCCUGUUGGCACAGAGGGACCAGAGAGCUUCCAGCUGCCUGGACUUCUGCUCAGUCAAUUGCUGUAUGCUCUGCAAAUAGGAAUGGAGGGUGUAUUGUUAGGUGUCCCUCUAAACCACAAAGAGAUACAGGGAAAACAAGCUAGCAGCUGAAUUAGGUAUGAGAAAGUUAAGGAAAACUCUCAAUUUUGAUCCCGUCUCUACUGUUUUCUCACUUUGUGGCUGUGCAGAAAUCACUUUCCCACCUCAUGCUGUAGGUUGCCCAUGUGUGCUGUAGGUAAACCUCUUCUCAGAGUAUGUUACUAGCAAGUGUUCAUUGCCUGCAAGCCCCUUGAGCUCAGACCUUUAUAUUAGUCCUUAGCCUACAGGAGAACGUUGUCCUGGGCUGAUGAAAUAUGUUGAUAGGGACACCAAAGUAUAAGCAGGCUCUCAUUAACUAAGGGCUGGUUUGUGUCUUGUCUCUAUCCCAAUCCUGACUCAGCAAAAAUAAGCAUGGUGGCCCUGUCAUCUGCAUGUGGCAGGAGUGGUGCUGUGGCCACUGAAAGGUUAAGUUUAUUUUUAGUGGUUUGCUUGUCCUCAUUAUUUUUCAGUUUGUGCUCUGGAGGAAGUAGAGCAUGACUGCAUCACUCCUGAUUUCCAGUGCCCUGAUGAGUUCUCACACAUUGGCCAGUACAGGCAGUGCUGGGAGCAUCUGCUGAGGCUCCCCACAUCCCUCCCUGCCAGCAGGGCUUUGCCAAGCAGUGGUUGCUGCCCCUGGGGCCCCAGUGCUACAUGGCAAGAAAAAGGCAAAUGAACUGUCCCCUCCAGGUAUUGUGUGCAAUCUAUUUAUUAACCAUCUUUAAACAAGGUCUGCAGGGCUCUGCCUCCGCUGUGGCUGGAAGUGGGAAGGGUGAAGCAGAGGGCUGGUGCAGUGAUCCUCAGCUCUUUAGGAUGCUCCCAAUCGGUGGGAGAUAGACUUGUGCCCACUAUCUAAGUGAUUGCUGUCUGCAAGAGCAGGGGUAGGACAGGCUGUGUGACCCAUCCCACAACUCCUUGCUUCAGGAGGUGCAAAUUACUGAACAGCUUCAAGGAACAGAACAGUUCAGGCAAUGGUCGUAGCUGAGCAGAUGCUCAGUAUUAUCUAAGGGCGUAAGUAUUCUUCUAGUGUCUGGAACAGAGGUUAUGUUCAAAGGAGCAGGGACCAUUCAGAAGAAGUGUGCCCUUCCCCUUGGAGCAACCUUCCUCCUGACAGCUUGCAGGGAGUCCAGCUGCUGCUGUGUGUCUGGGCUUCAGAUCUGGGAGGAACUGAGAAAUGCCAGGGUCUGAGGUUGGGUUUUUAUUUCUGCAAGGGACAAAUAAGAAAAAGGCAGGAUGGGAGAGGAGCACAAAUUGCUGUUUGAUUUCAGUCUCCCCUGGGAGUGGGAGUUCUGGCUUCCAGACAGGAAAAAAACUCCAACAACCCAAACCCAAGAAAAUCCCAUUGUAGAAAAGAAGGGUGAAUUGGAAGCAAUCUUCUCCAGCUCUGCUUCUUUCCUUGUCACCUUGGAUUUGGCAGCAUCAUUCUCUCUUAUCCCCUAAAAUAGGAGUUUUCCCUGUGGCCAAGAGAGACUCUAUCCUUUACACGUGUCUACAAGUAAGUGUAGGUCUUGAGUAACAUCAAGGUCACUUUACUCCCCUCUCAGCACUUGGCCGGUCACAGGGCACUACAGCAAUAAGCAUGGUAAACACUGCGUGUCAGGAAUAUUUGAGAACCUCUUUCCUGCACGUUGAAAUGACAGUGUUUGCACUGAGAUCACAUGUAAUAUCCAGGUGGUUUAGUUCUGCAUGAGUCAUUGUGCAUUUUGAUUUUAACCAAGCCCUCUUGCCCAGUAGCCUGACAAAUGGGGGGCUGCUGGUUGUGUUUGCUUGCUUGCUUAGGGUGGAGAGGAAUGGUCUUUGUGAGGGGGAGGAAGGAUUGUACCACUUCUUUUCUUCAGUGAGCUAUCAAAUCCUCUUCAUCCCAGCUAGAACAGAAAAGAAUAGUCCUUGUCUACUUAGGGCAGAGCAAACUGAGUGGAAAAUAGGAGCUGCUAUAUUUAACCACUGUGCAUUAUGUUGUUAUAGCAACUGCAUCCAUAAAACUUAUAUCAAUGAUGCCAUAUAAAAAGCUACAUCAAAGAAUCAUUAGCUGAGCCUGUUCUCCUCAAUUCCGUUUGGAAAAACACCUCUCAGUCCUGCAGGAUGUUUCUUAACAUUCACCAACUCAGUGGUAGGUUGUAAAUGAGACUGUGCAGAGCUAAUAUUUGGGAGCUUAGUGCUUUAUCACCCUUGAGCUGAUUAUGAUGCAGCUGGAGUGCCACCGGUGCCUUAUUGCACUUACCUGUCACAGCCUGACUACUGAAUUACCCCCAUAGCCUGACUACAUAAUGCCAUGGGAUGUGGCAUGGAGCAGAAGGGUUGCACUGAGGCUCCCUGGAAGAGGAGGAUUGAUUAAAUGCCAUUUUCAAAGAAGUGUAUUGGAACAAUGAGCAGUGCAUUGUCCAGCCCAAUCCCACAGACUCAGUGGGUACAGUUCUCAAAAGCCAGCAGCUGCAUUACAUCCCAACAAAGCACAGUUCUUGUGUUGAAUUUCCAAGGCCAGGUCUUUCAGGAUGUGUUGAGGAAGCUGGUUUCGGGGUGAUUAGCUUGAUGACAGUGAAUGGUAUCCCACCUACCAUUUUUACUUACUGCCUUCUUACAGUGUGGGGCCAGAAUGGGACUCUGAUCUCUCACUCCAGCAGCUGCAGCCCAUGCAUUUCAAAUGAAUGGUAUCUCAUUUAUGUUUCUAAAGCAGGGUGCUGGUUUUAUUUCCCUUGCCUUUUCCCAGAAAUUAUUUCUCUAUCUUGGAAAAAGAUUUCCCAUGUCACUGAUGUGUUUGUUCAGGAUUGUUUAGUCCCUGCUGAAGUUCCAGGUUCCCUGCGAAGUAGAGAGUUGAAGAAAUAAGAGGUUCCAAUAUCUUAUGUUUCAGCCUCUCCUGUCACAGCCCAGCUCACUUCUGGUGCUUUGUUUUACUGAUCUUAAAUGUCCCAGGGGGAACUGAGGAGUGGUGGCUGUGAUUGCACCCAGACUGUCCCUGUGAGGCCAAGACACAACAGUCCUCCUCCGUUUACCCUUUGACACUGUCCCUUCCAGUCACAGGACUGCCCCAUGCCUGGCACACAUCCCAUAGCUGGGUAUGUUGUCCUAGAUUUUACCUUGUUGCUUCACCCCUGCUCUCUCCUUCCUUAACUUGAUGAAGUUCAUUCAUGGCAGUGCCCUUCCAUCAUACUGUUGAGAGCCAUUAGGAUAAAGUUGAGCACAGGGCACCAGCAUUGCAGGGAUUCCCCCCCAAAGAUGUUUUGUUCCCCAGAGAAACAGCCUCAAGGAAUGUCCUUCCUCAUUAGGCUACUAGUGCAGCAGUGGCACUGCACCUUCUCCCAGGCAUUGCAGGGCCCAAAGCAGAGAGCCACAGAGCAGCUCUGUCAACUGGAAGAUCUCUGAAUCACCAUCUUCCUUUGUGACUGGCAGAACCAUCUUUAGCCACUGCAAUACAC